AUGGAUGCCCCCAAAGAUCUUGUAUUGAAUGCAACAUAUGAGUUGGUUGGUUUGAAUGGAAAAGAUAGAGAAAUGGCGCUGAAAAACCCCAUUCUUAUGAGAAUUAUUAUGCAAUUGAGUUCAGAAAUCAUGAAGAAUUCAAAGUCGGAGGUAAGAAUUAGAAGUGAUGGAUUCAUUGGAAUCAUGGAAGAUGAGGAGAAAGUUCUGAAAUUUUGUGAACAGAUAAAGAAAGAAAGCGCGGAGAACGUUAUGAAGUUAAUGGCUUUAAAGGAAGUAAUUUUUGGAAAUAUUGGCCCGGAAAAGAAGGAUUCGGAAACAAAGGAGUCUGCGAGUGAAGUAAAGAAGAACUCUUCUUUCUAUUCGAAAGCUCGCGAAAUGGAGGAAAACAAAGAGGAAAUAAUGAAGCUGAAAGAGUAUGAGAAGAGGUUGAAAACUGUUGUGGAGAACAGUUCUGAAGUGGCUAUUAUUUGGAAGUAG